AUGGAGAAAGCCUUCACAUUUUAUCUCUUAACACUCUUCUUGCUUAUGGCUACUUCAGCCUUGACCCAAACCAACAUUACUACUGAUCAAUUGGCUCUUCUGUCCUCAAAAUCCCAAAUUAUUUCCUACCCCUCUCACCUCUUGAAUAAAAAUUGGACUUCCGCUGUUUCUGUUUGUCAUUGGAUUAGAGUCACUUGUGGUUCUAGUCACCAACGAGUGAAUUCCUUGAAUCUUUCUAAUAUGGCUCUUAUAGGCAGGAUUCCUCGUGAAUUUGGAAACCUCUCAUUUCUUGUUUCUCUCGACAUGGGAAGCAACAAUUUCCAUGGAAAUUUGCCUCAAGAGAUGGUACACUUGCGUCGGCAAAAGUUUCUUGAUUUAAGUUUCAACAGCUUCAGUGGGAAGGUUCUUUCUUGGUUUGGAUUUUUACACCAACUUCAAGUUCUAAAUCUUGGAGAAAAUAGUUUCCCUGGUUCCAUACCUUCUUCAUUUUCUAAUAUUUCCAAAUUUGAGAUUUUAAAUCUGAAAUUCAAUUCCAUAGAGGGUCAAAUCCCAAAAGUGAUUGGAAGUCUUGUAAACCUUAGAGAAUUAAACUUAAGGGGUAACAUUCCUGAAGGGAUCGACAAUCUUCACAACAUGAAAGUGCUAUCCAUACAAGCUAAUCAACUUACGGGUUCUAUACCAUUCAUUUACAGUCAUAUGCAUACAAGCUUGUCAAAUUAUUCACAACUACAAGUAUUGACUUUAUCAGAAAAUGAUUUUGAUGGACCAAUACACAAUGAAAUUGGAAGAUUGAGUAACUUGCAGCAAUUGUAUCUCGGAUAUAACCAUAUCACAGGAAACUUUUCUACUUCUCUAAUAAGAUUUUACGCCAGCAAUUGCAAAAUCAGAGGGCGAAUUCCAGAUGAAGUUGGGUACUUAAGCAGCUUAAUAGACCUUGAUCUUACUGGAAACAACUUGAUUGGAUCGAUUCCCACAUCAAUUGGCAACUUUAGUAACCUUCAGCGCUGCAGCUUUAGUAACAACACUCUUACAGGAUUUAUUAGAGAUCAUAUAUGUAAAGUGGAGCAUUUGGGCACUAUUUACUUGGGUCAAAAUCAACUUUCAGGAUCCCUUCCUAAUUGUUUAGGGAACAUUACUUCGCUUAGAGAGAUACUACUUGGUUCCAAUAAAUUGAGUUCCAAUAUUCCAUCAAGCUUAUGGAAUCUUGAGGAUCUAAUGGUUCUUGACUUAUCAUCAAACAAUAUGGUUGGUUCAUUACCUCCAGGAAUUGGGAACCUGUAA